UUACCCUAUCUUUAUACCUAAUCUAAGAAUUAAUAUUUAUUGUAGUAAAUUGUAUCAAUACCAAUCGUUGUUAUUUUUAUGUCACAGUUUUUCCUUCUAAAACACAUCUUCAAAACUCUUAAGAACUUCCUCUUAACAAAUGUCUUUCUGCUUACAAAAUAAUGUAUAAUACCCACUUAAUGUCGCUCCCUCUCAGCUUAACGAAAGCAUUUGAAGCGUAUCGGGAGACAUUCUUAAAUUACCCGACUAAGGCUCUGCUUGUUUUAAAGUAAACGGAAUAAUGAAAAUAUUGAGCGAAUAUAUGAGGGAGAAAUUGUCUUUUCUAACUCCUUGCCUGCCGUACGGCGUUCUAGAAUCUUGGGAGGAUCUUAAUCCACGACUAUACCAUGCGGUGCACAUUUACUGGCUAAAAUUCUACGGGUUAUGGUACAAUACGCAUCCGAAAACCAGUUUACUCUUCUGGGCGCACAUAGUUUACGCAGUAGUGGUGCUCUGGCUUGUGUGUUUUCUGCCCGGCAUAGGCGAGGUCUUCUAUUUACUCAAACGAAGAGAUAACAUUGGAGAUAUCGCUGAGGGAUUGUAUUUGUUCUUAAGUGAAAUGUAUACGUACAUAAAGCUAUCCGUGUUUUGGUUGAAAAGAAAGGAAAUUAUGGCGCUCCUUGAGUACCUUCACAUGGAUGAGUUCAAAGUCAAGGAGCCAGAGCAUAGACAGAUUCUACGAAAAAGUAUUAAGAGGGCCCGUUUUGUGAUGACCUAUUAUUCAAGCAUGUGUGUGGGCGCAGUGAGUGUGGGAAUAUUGAUGCCUCUCGCCGAACAGUUUGAAGUGCUGCCGACGAAUGUUGAAUAUCCAUAUUUCGAUGUGUAUAAAUCACCGGCCUACGAAAUCAUUUACAUACACCACAUAUAUUACAAGCCAGCAACGUGCAUUAUUGACGGCGUAAUGGAUACCAUAUUGGCGGCUUUCAUCGCCUCGGCGAUUGGUCAAAUAGACGUCCUAGCAUUCAACCUCAGAAACUUCAACCUACUUGCGCAGCGACGGCGCGAGAUGCUGCCGUUCACAACAGUGAACAACAUGAGCCCAAAGCACAUGCCAUUGGUGGACCACGAAAAGACUAGGCAUUGCGUUCGUGCGGUGUUUAAAGACAUCAUUAAGCACCAUAACAGCAUUAUAAAAUACGUUUCGCUGAUCGAGAGCGCCUUCAGUCUGGCCUCGGCCGUGCAAUUAAUGCUGAGUGUGAUGGUGCUCUGUUUGGUUGGGAUACAAUUCCUUUCGAUUGAAGAGCCUAGCAGUCACCCCAUCCAAAUCGCCUGGAUGGCAAUUUAUCUUACCUGCAUGCUCAUCGAAGUUUUCAUUAUCUGCUGGUUCGGAGAUGAGCUCAUAUGGAAGAGCUGGGAGCUCCACCAAGCAGCAUUCGACUCUCCUUGGCCCUCAACUGACCCCAAAACCGCCAUGUUCAUCGUCAUCUUCAUGGAGCGCUGCAAGCGGCCCCUGCGCGUCACCGCCGGCAAAAUCUUCACGCUCUCACUGGACACGUACACUAAUCUUAUCAAUUGGUCCUACAAAGCCUUUGCAGUCAUGAGGAAAAUGAAGAAAUAAACCAUGAUGAAGUGACUCACAAGAAAAUAAUUUUAAAUAAAUGGUAGAAAGUAUUAUACAAGAACUCCCUUGGCACGCGUUAAAUGUCAAUACCUAUGAUUAUUGGGCAACAAUUAUUUUAAUUUAUUAUUUUGUAUUAAAAUUUGACUUGUGAUCAAAUGAGCAAAUAAUAUAAUUUCGUUCGCUGUCGCUUUAAAUUUUCAUUGACAUUUUAUAGAAUUUAGUAGCUAAUGUUGAAUUCGGCUUGUGAAAUGAGUCAAAGCUAAUUUUAGUGAUUUAGGAUAGUCGUUAGGAAUAGAGCAAUAUUAAAGGCGCCUAUUUUGGCAGCUAAUGGGGAUAAUUGGCAGCGGCGGCGAUAUUAAUGUGUGUCAAACAUGCAACAUUCUCUAAUGCUUAGGGCUAGAACCGCGAAAAUCGAAGUUCGUCAAUUUUCUCUGUCACUCUAAUUACAUCUUAGUAAGAGUAAAAGAGAAAAAUCCCCGCAAUUUGCAAAUUUCGGUUUUCGCGGUAGGCCCCCCGAUCAGAGACCGGUUCGAGGGUUUUCGAAAGGGUAUUUCGUAAGGCUUUGCUUACCAAAGUCGUUGCUAACUAAAACCCUUUCAUUUGGCUUUUUAAGCGCUUCAUAAUACGGAUAAGCUGAUACUCGUUCCUAAGCACUAAUCCCUUGAAGGGGUAUCGAUUAUAAAUUAUAAUUCUUCGUAAAAAGAGAAUCAAAUAUUGCUUAUUUAUGGUUAUAGA